AUGUCUCAUCAGCAAGGGGGAUCCAAAAAUCCCAAUGCUAUGAGUGAUUUGAACGAAUACUUAUCCAACGAGGAUCGCAAUAGCCAAGAACGUAAUGACCGUGAUGAUUUUGAUGUUGAGAUGCAGGAGUACACUCCUCAGCCAUUCAAGAGACCAACUGCAUCUUACAUCCCUGAAUAUAUAGGCACAUCUAACCAGUUUCCUAUCCAGGAGGUUGUGCCAAACACUAAUAUCCCAAUUCAUCAAUUGAUGGAGAACCACAGUGCUGCUCAGAGUCCCAACAGACCUAGUUCACCUGUCAACAACAGCAACAUGAACAACCUCAGUGGUGACAUGUCUACCGCUGCUGCUACAAGUGUUAAUGUCAACACUACAUCUAAUACUGACCAUCUACGAGCCAGAGAUCACACUACAGUAUCAGCUAACGUGUUGAACCUAGGCCACUUAUACAAAAAUAACUACGGUAAUAACAACGAUGACGGUGAUCACAUUUCUGUCCAGGAAGGUGUAACCAAUGACAGUGAGAGUAAACAAUAUGGUACUAGAAGAGAUCGUGCUACCUCUUUCAUCUCUAGGCUAGCAGGUGGUGGUGAUGAUGGUUCACCAAAUGAUCCAAACCCUGGUAAUGCAUCUGUUCCAAUUAUCGUUAAGCCAAAGACACUAUAUCAAAAUCCUCAAACCCCUACGGUUUUGCCAUCCACAUACCAUCCUAUUAACAGAUGGUCUCUGGUGAAAAGUGGUGUUCUGAAAGAAUUUUUGGCAGAAUUUAUGGGUACAAUGGUCAUGAUUAUUUUUGGUUCUGCUGUUGUCAUUCAGGUCUUGUCUGGUGGUAAAGCACAACAGGACUCUUAUUUAGCAGCCAUGGAUGCAUUAAGCCAAUCUGAUCUAAGUGCUGGUGAGAAAAUGGCUUUUGAAAACUUGACUAAAUUGGUUUCAUCUGUCAGUGCAGGUACAUUCGAUGAUAUUGCUCUUGGUUGGGCAGCAGCCGUUGUUAUGGGUUACUUCUGUGCGGGUGGUAGUGCAAUUUCUGGUGGUCACUUAAACCCAAUUAUUACACUUGCUAACUUCGUUUACAGAGGUUUCCCAGCUAAGAAGAUUCCCUUUUAUUUCUUUGGUCAAUUAUUUGGUGCCUAUGUUGGUGGUCUAAUUGCCUACGGUUAUUACAAGAAGGUUAUCUCUGAGACGUUUCCAGACCAUUUCAACAGUGAGACUGUUGUGUCUAUGUUCUGUGUUGUUCCAAAACCAUAUCUAUCAUCUGCCAGACAGUUUGUUUCCGAAUUCUUGUGUGGUGCCAUGCUGGUCGCAUGUACGUUUGCACUAACAGAUCCAUACACCUCUCUAUCUGGUGAUGUGUUCCCUCUAAUGUUGUUCCUAUUGAUCUUCAUGUGUAACUCUGGUUUGGGUUACCAAACAGGUACUGCCAUGAACAUGGCUCGUGACUUAGGUCCUAGAAUGGCGCUAUACACAGUUGGUUUCAGCAGAAAGCUGCUAUGGACCUCGCAUCACCACUUCUUCUGGGUGCCUAUCUGUGCUCCAUUCAUUGGUGCGCUAACUGGUGGUCUAGUGUACGAUAUCUUCAUCUACCAAGGUCACGAAUCGCCUGUCAACUGGCCAUUCUCGUUAUACAAGGAGACAUUCCAAAGAUGGUGGUUUAAGAGACCAGGCUGGCAAAGAAGAAACAAGGCCAGGAGAAUGUCUGACCUCAGUGAGAUCUCCUACGCUGAGGACGAGGACCUGGACAACACAUACACUGGCACGCGGUUCCCUCGUGUCACCAAGACCAAGUCGUACCACUCCAGCCACAACACUGACGAGAAGAAAGUGCAAUUCAAGUCUGUGCAAAGAGACAAGCCACAUAACCAGAACAUGGCUGCUGUGCUGGAUGACGAGUCAUCGUUGGAGACUGCUUCGCUAGGUGACUCAUACAUAGAACAGUACAGUUCCAAGAACAGUAACUGA